CUCCAGCACCCAUGUCUUGGUUCCAGGCUCUGAGGGAUGAGUUCACCCUGGGACCGUUUGAGAUCCAGCAGACACACAGUGGCAGUAUCUCCAUGGCAACAGAACAUCCAGAUGUGGUGUCCAGUCAGGAUCCUGAGGCCACAGAGGAGUUCUCAGGGAAAAAGAAGUCCAAGUUCCAGAUGUUUAAGAACUUCUUCACAAGGAAAAAGAAAAAGGAGCCGUCGGCUGCAGUCGCAGACGUGGGGCUGAAAUCCAGCCAAUCCAGUGAAAAUAUCAGCAAAGAGUCUGAGAUCAACACGACUCCACCAGAGAGGGAUGAGGGCUCCAGAUCGAAGAUCAGCCUGGGCACCAAGGCGCUGUCCCACGACUCCGUCUUUGUUUCUGACUCAUCGGAGGCCAACGAGCUUCUGGGAACUUCUCAGGACAGCAUUCAUGGGAAAGUGAAAUCACUGCAGAGCCAGCUGAAGCAGGCCAUCAGAAUGGGCUCUCCCCCAUCGCUCAUCUGUGUGAAGAAAACAGAAGAUGCUGGAACAGUGUCUGAGGAUGAUGGCCUGCCCAGCAGUCCUCCUGAAUAUACCACGCCUCACACAGUCAUGGUCCAGAGCCAGAGCCUGAUCAGUCUGGAGGGACCCGACAGCGAUGAUGACCAGCUAUCCUGUGCUGCCUCCAGCCGAGCCGUGAGCCCCCUGGUGGUUCCAGCAGACUUCAGUCAGCCCGCCACUUCCUCUGGCUGUCUGGAUAACUCUGCUGCCAAACACAGACUGGGACUAAGGAACAAAGCCUGCAACAGGAGGAAACCGUUGAGACUGGAUGGAAAAGCUGAGAGAGAGAAAGAGACCCUGAACACAUCAGUGACUAAAGCUGUGGAGGAGGAGGAGCAGCCAGAGACAGCAGGAGGGAUUAACGCUGAUGAGCAGAAAUCACAAGAGGAGAGCGGAGAUGAAGAGAAAGGUGAGAAGAGGGAGGAUGAGUCAGAGGAAAACCAGAUUUCUGAAGGCCUGAGUUCUUCUUCUCCUGAAAAAUGUCCUGAUGCCCAGCCUCCUCCCUCCAGCCACACAGCUUCCUCUCUGGAGAGUCUCAGAGAAUCGCCCCCUGAUUCAGUCCAAGAACACUCACUGGACCCUUCAGACCUCCUCUGUAGAGCUGAGGAGGUUAAAAUCGACUCUUUAGUAACAGAAGAAGAAGAGACGGAGCAGGGAAUCAGGGAGGAAGAUGGUACCUCAGGAGAGCUGGACUCUCUGCUGUGCUCCCUAGGAGAUGGUCCUGAAAUGAUCAUAGAAAUGAAGGAAGAAGAGAAGGACGAGGAAAGAGAGCUGCUGGAGGAGGAGGAGGGUGAACCUGGUGAUGGAUCAUUGAAGUUAGAUCAGACCAUGACAGAGGAGGAGGAGGAGGCCAGGGCGCUCAGGGAGGGAACUCUUUCUUGUCAAGAAAACACGGACGGAGCAGCAGAGGAGGAGGAAGACCAAGACGUGGAGAAACCAGAAGAGGACGGAGAUGACGAGGAGGCGGAGGAAGCUCAACCAGAUAAACCAGAGGAUAUUCCCACAGGAAACCAGACAGAAGUAGAGAGGAGAGGAGAGGAAGAGGAGAGUGAAGGAGGCCAGGAAACAAUGAGGCUUGAGAAGGAGGAGGCAGACAGUAGUCCUGGCAGAGAGGAGGAUGAAGAUAAGAAGGAGGAAGAGGAUGCAGGAGCAGGGAUAGAGGUCAAACCUGAGGAGACACAUGAAGGUGAAGAUAUGGCUGUGAUUAGCCCACAGAAACCCCACAAGGAUGAAGAACCAGACCAGACCAGAACAAUUGAGACCCAAAGCCUGGCUGAGAAGGUCUCUGCAGAAGGAAGUGAAGAGGACGGCGAGGAAGUUUACCACAUAAAACCGAACCUAGACCACGAGCAGGAGGAAGACCUGAGCAGACCUGGUGCAGAUCCAGCUGUAAAGAUCCACAGUUUAGACAUGAAGGAAACAGAAAAAGACCAGACUGAAGCCACAGAACAGUCCCUUACUUCUUUAGAGUCCCACUCUGAGGCCCAGUUACCAGAGAGUGACACCAGCACUCCCAGUAAGACAGACUCAGCAGAUCUCCACAUUAACGUUCUCUCUCCGAGCUCAGAGGAAGUCCAGAUUCUCUCUCAGCAGUCUGAAACACCUCCUGGUGCUACAACAUUAACAAGACCAGAACCAGAAGAGAGGUGUUUGUCCCAGGAGGAUGUAGAGAAGCCUCCAUCCUCUGAGGAGGAAAUGGUCAAAAAGUCUUCCAGUGGUUUCUAUCAGAGUGAACUCAAUGCCAUAUCACGGUCUGUAGGAGAUUCCAGAGACGGUUUUACUCCUCCUUCCUCCACAUCCACCUGCACCUCUUCAUCUGCUGCAAACACAGAAGAGAGCUGUGUCUCAUUAAAGAGGAGCUCCAGCGGUCCUUUUGGAGUUUGGUUGAGGAAGACACCGGUUCUGCAUCGCUUCAGCUCAGAGGAGGAGCAAAAUCCACAGCAGUCCUUCAAGCCAGCAGCUCAGCCAAUCAGCUGUCAGACGGAGACGCCUCAGCCAAUCACUGCAAAGCCAUCAAGCAACAAACCAGCACUCCCUAAGAAACCAGAGCUACACGGGGACAGACGAGGGAGGACCAGGCCCGUCUCAGUUCCAGCUUCAGCUCCUGGCGUUGGUAGCAGCUCCCCCAGCUGGAUCUCCAUGGCCAAACAGAAACAGAAGAUCCAUGAAGACGGCUCAGUGGAGGAGACCGCCGUCAGCACCGAGGAACAAGAGAGGAAGAGCUCCAACAACAACACAGCUGAGUCCACCUGUAAAGUGAGUCCAGAGGUCAGUAACUCUGCGGUACCUGCUAACAAAGAGGAAAGUGGGACUCCCUCUCCUCAAGCUGUGGUUCCAUCUCCUCCUAAACCCCAGUCUCCUGUCCUGGUCUCUCCUGUCAGUCUAAAACCCAAAGCACCUGCCAGCUCCAUUCUCCUGUCCCCGAUCCCCUUCUCCCCCCACAGAAAGAUCUGCCAAAAGCCGAUGUCUGGUGCUGCCCCUCCACUGCUCUCCAAAGGUCCUGGUCAGAUUCAGACACCCGAGCCCAAGAGUCCAGCACUGAGCUCUCCUCCUUAUUCACCAAGAAAUACCCCAGAGAAGGCCGACGCUAGAGCUAACCAGAUCCCCUCCUCCCCGCGUUUCCUGCCUCCUGCUCCAGCAUUUACCCAGGAUGAGCCUCCUUGGAUGGCGUUGGCCAAGAAGAAGGCCAAAGCGUGGAGCGAGAUGCCCCAGAUCGUCCAGUGACAAGAAGAAAAAAGCUAAAGUCUUACAGAAGGUGGGGGGACUGAUGGACCAGUACGCAGUUUGCACACAGAGUUCUUUCCUGUUAAACUUGGCUUCUAAUGUCCUUGUUGUUUUAGAAACCCGCUCUCAGUGAAGUCUAGGCCCAGUCUAACCAAGUUUGUUAUUAAGUUGCACUUUCAUGUUUCAAAAUGACAGGAUAGGAGGCAAAAAUAGUUGAAUACUUUUUUAAACUUUAGUGAUUAAUACAGUGCCUUAAUGUGAGAGAAUACCUGCUGAUGCACACUAAUAAUUCUGACUUUUUAUGGAGUAGCUCAAAGAUUUCACCUGUUACUUAAAUUCCAUUCAGGUAGCAGAAGAAACUGUCUGCUCCUUGGUGUUAUCACAACCAACCAAAGGUUGUGCAUGGGGUUCUUGAGACUGAUCUAUUUCUUAAACCCUAAACUAAGGAUGUUUGUCGUGUCACACUGUGUGUCAAACAUGCAGCUGCCGUUAUAAAUCAGGUUUAUUGUGAAAGUUUACAGACUUUCUGCAAUGAUCAAAUUAAAAAAAUGGAACUUUAAUAGCUCAACACAACAAAUGCUUCAAGUGUUUUGCUCAAAUUCAGCUGAAAAUGCAGCUUCUAGUGACUGCAACCCUUCAUGGCUGCAUCUUCAGUCCUCAUAGAGCAGCUUUAGUUUCUCUGACCUGCUGCACACAGAUGCAUAUCCAGACUCCAGCUUCUGGCAGCGUUCCUGAGGAAUCUCAGCCCAAACCUCCAGUUCAGUAACACUCUUAGAUCUGCACGCUGCAGCCGCCUCCAGAGAUUUUCUGCGGGGUUGAAGUCAGGCGACUGUGAUGGCCAUGGUAGAAUCUUCCAGGACUUCUUCUGCAACCAGUUUGUACUUGUACAAAAAGAAUAUACCCACUGUUAGGACAUUUAUUCAGCUGUCUUGUAGAAAAUCUGCUGUAAAUACAAACUGUAAACAUGUUUUCCUCCUCCAGUUUCAUCUUGUUGGUGAAAUUUGUCCUAAAAACAUGUCAAGAACCAAAGCAUGCAAAGAAACUAGAGUAUGUAUAAAACAAAGCAGAUAAAAAACUCUAAUCCAGUGUUCCAAACCCUAAAAAACAGUGAAAAGUAUAUUUUAGUCCUGAUCCUUCAGGAGUAAUUCAGGGUUUCUGCAACGCUGCGACAUGUGGACUGGAGGGGAAGGAGAAAGACCCUCAGUGUCUUACCGAUAAAAACAGUAAAGUUAUUUGAUGAAUAAUGCCAUAAAUGCAUGCUUACCCUGACAUCUGCAUCAACAUCUUUGUGUCUUUCAUGUAAAUAAAGUCAUUUUUAUUCUUUA